CAACUGGUUGAAGUGAACGUAAUUUAAUGGAUGUGGGAAGGAUAUUUCGUCGAUCUACAUAGACAACACGCUUUUAUUUCGGUAUUAAUAGAUAAGAAGAGGUCACAAAAUGCCUUUAUUUGGCCAAAACCCAUUCGAUCAGGAUGCGGAGAAAGCUACUAGUGAAACAAAUACGACAGAGGACUGGGCCCUCAUUAUGGAUAUCUGUGACCGGGUGGGAACAACUCCAACUGGUGCAAAAGAUUGCCUCCGGUCAGUUAUGAAGCGGGUCAACCACAAGGUCCCUCAUGUUGCCAUGCAAGCAUUAACGUUGCUUGGUGCCUGCGUUUCAAACAGCGGGAAGAUUUUUCACCUAGAAAUCUGCUCGAGAGAGUUCGCCAGUGAAGUUAAACAAGUGCUAAACAGGGCUCACCCAAAGGUUGGCGAGAAACUAAAGGCCCUGAUGGUCGAGUGGGCCGAAGACUUCCAGAAAGACCCACAACUAAGCCUUAUCAGUGCCACCAUAAAAUCCCUGAAGGAAGAAGGAAUGACAUUCCCCAGCUCAAGCAACCAGAACUCCAGCGCAAAACCCAACAGCACCCCUACCGUCACCAAAAUAUCAGAUGAUGACCUGGCCAAAGCCAUUGAGAUGUCCUUACAGGAGCAGAAACAACAGGUAGAGACUCGACCCCUCACCGUGAUCGCUGAUCCACCCUACAACACCAACAGCGUGAAGGAGUCGCGUAAGGUGCGCGCCCUCUACGAUUUCGAGGCGGCUGAGGACAAUGAGCUCACCUUUAAGGCUGGAGAGCUUGUGCUGGUUCUAGAUGACAGUGAUCCAAACUGGUGGAAAGGAGAGAACCACAGAGGAACAGGGCUUUUCCCAUCCAACUUUGUCACCACCAACUUGAAUGCUGAACCAGACCCUGUGAUGUAUAUGGAGAAGACCACCGUUCCUGAGGAGCCUAUCGUUGAAGUUGAAGUUAAAGCUGAACCCGAGCCUGUUUGUAUAGAUGAGGAGAAGAUGGACAGAACUAUUUACCUGCUCCAAAACACAGACCCGGCAGAUCCGUCACCCGACAGCGCAGAGCUGAUUGCAUUAGAAGGUGCUUGUGAAAACAUGAACCCAUUGAUUGAUGAGAAGCUUCAAGAAAUGGACAGGAAACACUCGGAGUGGUCCGAGCUGAACGUAAAGGUGCUGGAAGCUCUUGAGCUGUAUAACCAGUUAAUGAAUGAAGCUCCCCUUUACAACGCCUACUCCAAAAUGCAGUCUGUGCAGGGCACUUACCCUGGAGCACCUCCUCCGCUCGCUAUGCAGGGUUAUCAGCCGUCUGGAGCAUACAUGUCCUCUGGCGUUCCUCAAGGCUAUAGUCAUAGUACAGAUCAGGCCGGUCCUCUCUGUUCUCUCCCUCAAUCAGUCAAUUCAGCAUCAGCCGGUCAGCAAGCACAACCUCCCUAUAUCUGUGGCCCCAUGAAUGGGGCAUACGUGAACCACACUCCUGGAGCACCUGGCGCUUAUCCGCCGCAGAUGGGUGUGGCUAUGGACAUAUCUGCCUAUCAAAACGCUAAUGCUGGUCUGCCUCCAACCUCCUAUCCAAUGUCAGCCCCAGCCCAGCCUACACACCAGCAGCACCAAGCAGCUUACUAUCAGCAACCCCUGCUGUAAAGCUGUGUGAAAGGUCCUACUUCACAGUCGCUAUGUCUCUACCAAUGCAAAUUCCAAGUGGUCAAAUUGGGUGGAGAGAGUUUUUGAUGGCAGGUGCAUUAAAGAUUUGACAUUUGCUGAUAAUGUCCUGAUCCACACAGGACAGAGAUUCUCUCAAUGGACGCAAAAACAUAAUUGUCAUUCCUUCUUAAUAACUCUAUGAAGAAGUUUAGGCCAGGUUGAGAGUCGUUGGAAUGCAUCACACUAACCUAAAACAAGAUGUCCUCUCAUGAUAAUCACCAGCAUAUUUUAAUUUUUCUGAUUAUGAAUCAUAAGAUCAUAGUAAUGAACAUUCUUUAUUGAAAGAUAAUGCUUUUGAUUGGUAGGUUCACAGUGGUGUUUUCCAUUCUGGUUAGGAAGACUCCAAUAGCAUCAUGCAUUAUAGAGAGGACAAUUAUAUAAAGAUUACCAUACAGCAUAUCUGGAAAGAAUUCACGUGCCAAGACUCGGCACUUGUAGAAACUCACAAAAUGAUGGUUUAAGGUUCUGGCUGCUGUUAUUGAGUCCAGAACUAUGGGACAGAAUUAGAAGACAGCAUUGUAACAGCAGUUUAAAGGCUUUUGUGUAAUGUUUGUAAAAGCCUUUGCAAACUUUACAUGAUUUGAAAGUAGUCACAGAUGCAAUCCCUUUAUGGUCAAUCCAUAUGUUUCACUGUAUAUUGAUAUUUAUAAUAUGCAAGUGCCGCUUGUGUUUGCGUUGUGGGUGUUUUUCGUGGUCCAAUUUAAUUUAAGGCAUGUAAAAUUGCAUACAUUGUGUUAUCAUUUUACAGAAAUGAAAAAAUAGUUGCUUUUUGCUUCUUAGGUAGGUGAAAAAAACAAAAGACUUUUUACUGACAACCCCCACCUUCAAUUAAUAAUGCCAUGAUAAGGACAAAAAUCACAAUUUUCGAAAUUCUUAGUAAAAUGGGAUUGUGUAGGGAAAUAUAGAUUUGUCUUUAUUAUUUUCUUAAACUGUUUAAUAAAAGAUAUUGUAUAUUAGAUGUUAAUUAUCUCGCUUUUUCUGUAUUGCACCUUAACUUUAUGAACAUUUAUUUACCACCAGAUGCCUUUCGAGAGAUUGAAUAAAAGUAGAAAUCGACUCAAGACUUUAAUUUAGAAAGCUGCUGUAUAUUUGUAAACCUAUAAUAUGUUUUAAGAGAUUUAUGUGUAUUGUACUCUCUUUGUAACAUCAAUAUUUCUUUGUAUCCUGCCUGCUCGUUUUUCAAUUUCAUUUUGUAACAAGGUGAACUCUUAUAGUCUUCAAUGAAUAAAAAUGACCUUACAAUA